AUGUGGGACUGGUGGGCCGGUGUGAUGGAGGAGCUGCUGAGGAACAAAAAAAAACCAAACAGGCCCAAAUACUCUCAUCAUCUCAAAGUUAACCCCCCCUUCCUGUCUUCUUCCCACAGACUGGAUGUUCCUCUUCCUGUGCUGCUGUGUGCCAUCUGUCUCCUCGUCCUCCCAUCGUCCUCUACCCCCAACCACGAGUCAGAUGAUUCGAAGCUUCUCCACGUGACGAUCCCCUCCUCUCCGCCUGUGGACGCGGUGCUCGGCGGUAACCUGACGUUACCCUGCCUCGUGUCUCUGGCUCACCCUCCGCCGUCCCCCUCCACCAACGGACGCCACGCUGUGCUGUCUCUGCCCCGCAUCAAAUGGAGCGUACUGACUCAGGGCAAAGAGACGGAGAUCCUGGUUGCCCGCGGCGACAGGGUGAGAGUCAGCGAGGCCUACAAGGACCGAGCGUCGCUGCUUAACUACGCCUAUUCCCCCGCCGACCUCACGCUGCGGCUAGAGAUUCUGAGGCAGAACGACACCGGCUUCUACCGCUGCGAGGUGCAGCAGGGCCUGGAGGACGCUGACGACGUGACCCAGGUUAAGGUCAAAGGAGUGGUGUUUCAUUACCGCGAUGCAUCCAGCCGCUACGCCUUUGACUUUGAGCAAGCCAGAGAGGCCUGUGAGGAGAUCGGGGCUCGUAUCGCCUCUCCAGAGCAGCUGCUGGCCGCCUACCACAGCGGAUACGAGCAGUGUGAUGCAGGCUGGCUCUCAGAUCACUCAGUCAGAUAUCCCAUUCAGAUGCCAAGAGAGGGCUGUUUCGGGGACAUGGACGGACUGCCAGGAGUGAGGAACUACGGACUGUUAGAGCCUGAUGAGCUGUAUGACGUCUACUGCUAUGUGGAGAAUAUUGAGGGUGAGGUGUUUCAUGGCUCCGCCCCCCAGCGUUUCAACUUCUGGGAGGCCAAGGCCUACUGUCUGAGUCAUGGGGCAGAGCUGGCCACCACCGCUCAGCUAUACGCAGCCUGGAAUGACGGACUGCACCACUGCAGCCCGGGUUGGCUGGCUGACGGCAGCGUGCGGUACCCCAUCGUCACCCCUAGAGAGCGCUGUGGAGGCGGGGAACCUGGGGUCAGAACGGUCUAUCAAUACAGCAACCAGACGGGUUUCCCUGAGGCUCACACGCAACACGACGUCUACUGCUUCAGACGUGACGACAGCCCCUACACUGAAUCUCCCCAGGAUUUUAUUGCCACUGAACCAGAGGACAUUGGCCAAGACAUUGUUUUUGUAACUACUUCUGCACAGGACGAGGUCAGCAUGAGUGGGGUAACCGCAAAAGGGGGCGAAGAAAUCCUACUAGCCCAGACAGUCAGUCCAGUGAAGCAGGGCUUUGUGAAGGAUGAGUUCCCAACACCGGGUUAUGGCGAGAAGCUGCUGGUCACAGUCGACUUUCAUCAGUCUGUCACUCCGCCGUCUCAGCAACAAGAGCACCUGUCCACCAAAGAUGCCUGGGAACCUGUAGAGAAGGCCAGCUACCCUGAGUCCUAUCAGCCAGCACCUGAAGAAAACCUGGAUCCAGAUCAUGACGAGCUUCACAUACAACCAACAAUUUCUCCAGAGACUGAUCACGUUUCCACAACUGAUGGGACAACUGCAGAGACCGUAGAGCCCUCCACAGAACAUCACAUUACUGAGAGAAACCACGUGACUGAAAGCUUGGAUAUACCCGUUGUUAAUGCAACAUCUGGAGAAGUUGCAAAUGAGAUUCUCAACAGCUCUUCAGAGGCGCAUCAGGAGACUGAGCUCCCGACUCCUGCUGUUGACUUGGAGCAUGCCACUGAAACUGAGACGCUCCACCCAACCAUCUCUUGCAAUGUUUCAGGACAGCCUGAAGAGGUCAGCGCUGGUGUUGAGGUGAUGCCAGUGAUGACUACUUCAACCCACACUGAAGAACCAGAUGUUGUGUACACCACUGUGUUGCCAUCUUUUGACAACAGUACAUCUGAGAGCCAUCCAGUAGAAGAAGGGUCCGGAGUGGAGAGAGUAAAUCCAGAUGAGGAAACACAAAACCCAGUGACUCACAUCAUGGUUGCUAUGGAAACCUCUUCUUCUGGACCGGUCUCUACGCCUGAUGCUAGUCAUCAUCCUACUGAAGAGCACUCAAGUGUAAUAACAGAGUCCUUCGCGCAAAUCGACCACGAUGAAGACUCUAACAGCACUUCAGAGGAUCACACCGACCCGAACGGACACAUCAACUCUCCUGAAAUCCCAACAGCAGCAGCCAUCACAGUCACAGACGACUUGCACUCUACUGUUAGCGCUCCUGUCCUAAACAACGAUCUGGUCACUUUGUUGACGUCCUCGGUAACCGUAACCACGUCUUCUGCAGAGGUUGAAGCUACCAGCAACCCAGAGAUCACCUUCAUCCCAGAAAGCAACACUUCAUCUGAGGCUGAACCUCUGGAGGACGCCCAGGACAAACUGGAACAGGAGGGAUUAGGAGGAAGCACAGAGGUAUUUCUCAGCUCAGAUCAAAACAUCACAGAGAGUAAUCAAGAGGGAAGUGAGGGAAGAGACGUCAGAGAGGAAAAUUUAGACUCAGACGAGGGAUCAGGUGAAUCUGGAGAUAGCCCAGAAGUGAAACCAGAAAUGCUUCUCACAAACCCGACUCUUUCUACGGACCACAUUUCGGAGGGGAUUGACGGUGAGCCUGAAACAGCUGCUCCUCUUCCAUUAGAUAUAAAAAUCACACUGAUCCCUCAUCUGACGCUCACACCCGGCUGGGAACCAGAGUCGUCUUCCUCCACACCGCAGGAGUCUCGAGCCGAUCGGGAGUUCAGCGCCGAGCCGCCUGUUCAAGAGGAAUCUGAUGACGGCUUAUUGAAGGAGCAAGAAUUCUCACUGAGUGUUUAAUAAACGAUCUCAACAGGACAUGCACUGGAGGGAAGUGAAGGAGAAACCAGCACAGAUGAUCCUUCAGUUAAAAGCUGCACAUGGCAUCCGGAAGAAGAAGAAACCUCCAGUCCUUCUCACAGCAUAGACAGCCAUGAUAUGACCAUCACUGCUCCUACUAUGCAUCCAGAGUAUUUUAAGAAAGCGGAGGAGGAAGAGGAGGUCAUGGUCGCCUCCCUGCCUGCUGUCAAAGUUUCUGCUCUAAGACGAGGAAACUCCUGCCUGGAGAACCCGUGUCUGAACGGAGGAACUUGUGUCGAAGGUGGAUCGGCGCGGUGCUUCUGCCUGCCGGGAUACGGAGGAGAUUUAUGCCAGACAGACCUGGAGGUGUGCGAGCCAGGCUGGGAGAAGUUUCAGGGCUUCUGCUAUCGUCACUUUGCUAAGCGGCAGAGUUGGGAGUCGGCGGAGCAGCACUGUCGGAUGUGUGGCGGACAUCUAAUUUCUGUCAUGACCCCCGAGGAGCAGGACUACAUCAAUGACAAGUACAGAGAAUAUCAGUGGAUUGGGCUCAAUGACAGGACCAUUGAGGGAGACUUCCGCUGGUCGGAUGGAAACCCUCUGCUCUAUGAGAACUGGUACAAAGGCCAGCCUGACAGCUACUUCCUGUCUGGUGAGGACUGCUCGGUGAUGGUGUGGCAUGACGGUGGCCACUGGAGCGAUGUGCCAUGCAACUACCACCUGUCCUACACCUGCAAGAAAGGCGUCUCAUCCUGUGGCCAACCUCCAGAGAUUCUCCACGCGAAGGUUUUCGGUAAGAAGCGGUUGCGUUACGAAACCAACACCAAGGUGCGAUACUACUGUGAAGACGGCUUUGUACAGAAACUGAACCCUGUUAUCAAAUGCUUACCUGGCGGCCAAUGGGAGGAACCUCUGAUUAUCUGCAUGUCUACUCAUUCGGUGGGAGAAGAGCCGGUUCACCCGACUCCAAACCAGCAUGAGGAUGACAUGGAAGUCACAACGACAGAGAAAGCUGCUCCACUCUUCUGGGACAUUAAGUGGAGUGUCUAA